ACAGGGCAUGGGUUGAUUGGGUUCAGACUGAGCUCUCACAAUGAAUUUGGAUAUGACGAAUAAAACAUGUGCAACAAAAAAGAAGCAAGUGGAGGAGAGAGGACACUGGGGCAGUAAGGUGGAGUUCCUCCUGGCUGUGGCGGGAAAUGUUGUCGGCCUGGGCAAUGUGUGGAGGUUUCCGUACCUCUGCUACAAAAAUGGAGGGGGUGCCUUCCUGGUGCCAUAUCUGGUUUUUGUGGUGACCUGUGGCAUUCCCCUGUUCCUGCUGGAGACUACUAUAGGCCAGUACACCCAGGAGGGGGGCAUCACCUGCUGGAGGAAGCUGUGCCCACUGGCAGAAGGUAUCGGUUAUGGUGGGCAGCUGAUCCUCCUCUACAGCUGCAUGACCUACAUCAUUAUUCUGUCCUGGGCUCUGCUCUACCUGGUGUUCUCCUUCAGCUCACAGCUGCCCUGGGCCAGCUGCAACAAUGACUGGAACACCGAUAACUGUGUUGAGUUUUCCACACGAAAUGAAUCUUUUCAAUGGACCAACCGGACCAACACAACCUCUGCUGCCACAGAGUUCUGGGAACGACGGGUGCUGAAUAUCUCAGGGGGGAUUGAGCAGAUAGGCAGCAUCAGGUGGGAGGUGCUGCUGUGCGUGAUUACAAUGUGGAUCACAUGCUACUUCUGUAUCUGGAAAGGGGUCAGGUCUACCGGAAAGGUGGUUUAUUUCACUGCUACCUUCCCCUAUGUGAUGUUGGUCAUUCUUUUGAUCCGUGGACUCUCUCUUCCUGGGGCUCAACAAGGAAUACUUUUUUACCUUCUGCCCGAACCCUCACGACUUGCAGACCCUCAGGUCUGGAUGGAGGCUGGGGCUCAGAUCUUCUUCUCAUACAGCGUGGGUGUGGGCUCCUUAACUGUGCUCGGCAGCUACAACAAAUACAACAACAACUGCUAUAAAGACUGUCUGUGGCUGUGUCUUCUAAACAGUGGAACCAGUGUAGUAGCUGGGUUUGCAGUCUUCUCUGUGCUGGGGUUCAUGGCACACGAGCAGGGCGUUCCCAUUGCAGAAGUGGCCGAGUCAGGUCCGGGCUUGGCGUUCAUUGCGUACCCUCAGGCUGUAGCCAUGAUGCCUCUGCCCCAACUGUGGUCCAUCUGUUUCUUUGUCAUGCUCAUCCUCUUGGGUCUGGACACACAAUUUGUUGCCAUGGAGGUGGUGAUGACGUCCAUCAUAGACAUGUUUCCCUCAGUAAUGCGCAGGGUAGGCCGGCGGGAACGUUUCCUCCUCCUCUUCUGCCUCACGUGCUUCUUCUCUCAGCUUGUCAUGAUCACUGAGGGAGGGAUGUAUGUGUUCCAGAUGUUUGACUACUACGCUUGUAAUGGCGCCUGCAUCCUCUUCCUGUGUGUGUUUGAAACCCUGGCACUGGGAUGGGUAUUUGGAGCAGAUCGCUUGUAUGGCAUCAUAAAGGACAUGACAGGCAUGCAAGCCAACCCGUUCUUUAAAUUCUGCUGGCUGUACAUCACACCAAUGAUCUCACUGGGCACUUUCAUUUGUUCUCUAGUGGAGUACCAGCCGCUGACCUUCAAUCGCUGGUACGUGUACCCUACCUGGGCCUACGUAUUGGGCUGGGUCCUGGCCCUCUCCUCCAUCCUGCUCGUGCCGGGAUGGGCGCUGUAUAAACUGGCAAAGGGGACUGGGAACCUCAGUCAGCGUUUCCAUCAUUUGUGCCAACCUGAUCCUGACUUCACAAUGACCCAGAAGAGUGAAACUGAGUUGCAGCCCAUCAGAGAGGAAGAACUGCAACAGAUCACUGCUAACCCUAACCCUAACCCUCUUUUUCAACUGCAUUAAGUGUCCUUAAAAACUAAGAUUGAGCAGGUGGACUUUAGUCUUAAAUCCUUUUUUGUAUCAAAAUGUUGUUGAAUAGCUAUCAUAGUGUUGUUGAAUGGUUAAUAAAGUU